GUAUUAGUUUAAGAAAAAAAAUUGUCAACAAACAAAACAAAUGGUGAAUCUGUGUGGCGAUGUCCAGACAUUAAAUAGCACGUUGUAAUUUAUUUAUAAUUAACAAUGAAUCAACAAGUACUUAGUGUAGAACCUGAUGAAAAAUGGUUCAAACAGAUUCCUAAAUAUUCUCCAAAUAAGGAUGUGCCUUCACCAGACACAGUUUUUGCUCUGAAGGCUGAAGCAGAAAAUUUAUUAGAUUCUGAAGUUAAAGUUUAUCACAAAUUGAAAGAGAAUAAAAGAGAUAAAGACUUUGUGUGGAUUAAGAAGAUCUUAAAAGCUGGCACUCUGUCCGAUAAGAUUUCUGCUCACACACUUCUGAUACAAGACUGUCCUGUUUAUAAUUUGAACAGUUUGGAAGUUUUAAUUGGAAUGGUGAAUACAAAGGGCAAAAGAGAGUGCUUAAUGGCUAUGGAUUCUUUACGAGAUUUGUUUAUUGGUAAUUUACUUAUAGAAGAUAAAAAACUUAAAUAUUUCAAUGAGCAACCUCUGUCACAAAUUAAUGAAAUUUGCCAAGACUCUGCCACAAGGAAGAGAUGCCUUAUUCUUUGGCUGUUUGAGAACAUCCUAAAAGGUCUGUAUAAAAAGUUCUUGACUAGUGUUGAUAAAGUGAGCCACGAUACUAUUGAGAAGACCAAAAUAAAAGCUGUGAGUGUUCUGCAUAAGUUGUUGGAGGAAAAUCCUGAAGAAGAACAAUUUCUGCUAGAUCAUCUGGUAAACAAAAUAGGUGAUCCCAUUCCUAAAAUAGGCUCACAUGUAUGUUUUCUACUAGGAAAGCUCCUCAAUACUCACAAACACAUGAAAAGUGUUGUGGUACAAGAAGUUGAAAGAUUAAUAUUUCGUCAAAAUUUAGCUGAAAGAGCCAAAUAUUAUUCACUCUGCUUUUUAAAUCAGAUAAUUCUGAGCCACGAUGACUUCAAGAUAGCCAAUCAGCUAAUACUGAUCUAUUUCAGCCAGUUUAAACUUUUUGUUAAAAAGGGUGAAGUGAACAAUAAAAUGAUGAGUGCCUUAUUAUCUGGAGUAGCCAGGGCAUACCCUUAUGCCAAACUUCGAGACAAUAUUGUCAUGGAUCAAAUGGAUGCCAUGUACAGGCUUGUCCACCUGGUCAGCUUCAACAUAAGCAUUCAAGCACUGAUGCUAAUAUUUCAAGUAUUAGAUUCUAGUGAUUCAGUAUCUGAUAGAUUCUAUGGUGCUUUAUACAGAAAACUCUUAGACACGUCUUUAGCAACCUCUUCCAAACAAGCUUUUUUUCUAAAUCUUGUAUACAAAGCCUUAAAAAAAGAUGUUGCUGUUGUAAGAAUAAAAGCAUUUGUAAAACGUUUAUUGCAGAUAGCACUUUACCAACCUCCAAAUCUUCAAUGUGGAAUAUUAGUUUUAAUAUCUGAAGUGAAUAAGUUACAUCCAAACCUUUUAGAAAUCAAACAUUCGAUUCCUGAUGAUUCGGAUAGUGACGAACAUUACGAAGAUGUAGUUGAAGUUAACGAAGACAACAAAGUUACUGUAAAAGUUGAAAAGCAUGAACCUGGAUCAUCUUGGGUUCACAAGCACGAAUCCAAAAAACAGAAAACUAAAUCAGUUUACGAUUUGGACUGUCGAAACCCCCUCCAUGCCAACCCAAACUGCCAAGCCAUGUGGGAACUUGUGUUCCUGAAACAGAGCUUUCAUCCUUCUGUCUCCCUCUUCGCUAACCAAGUGUCCAAUUCAUCAGAAAUCAAAUACGGCGGCGACCCACUACUCGAUUUUACCAACGCUCGAUUUCUGGACCGGUUUGUGUACAGGAAUCCAAAAAAGAUCUCAGAAAGUUUGGAAAUGAAUCCAACGACCAGAGUGUUUGGGAGCAGAAAGUUCAAAGCAUCUGCAUCCAAGCAGCUGCACGUGACCAGCAACGAGUAUCUCCAACAGAAGUCUGUAAAAAUACCUGAGGAUGAGAAGUUCAUCUACCAGUAUUUGCGUAAUAGAACCGUGACUGCUAAAUCCCUCAAAGAAGACUCGGAUCUUGAUAGCGUGUGCAGUGAUGAGUUUGAACAGUUACUUGACAAUAUUCAUCCGGAAGAUGAUGGGGAAGAUACUUUAGACUUUGCUAAAGAAUUAGGAAUGCAAAAAGGUAAUAAAAGAAAAGUCGAAGAUUCAGAUGAUGAGCCUGAUGACGUUCUUGAUGAUGAUGAAGAUGAAGACUUUGAUGGUGAUUUGGAUGAUGAAGAAAUUGAAUUUGAAGAUGAUGCAUUUGAUGAUCUGAAUGAAGAAGAUUUGUGUGAAGAGGAUUUUGUUGGAGGCAUAUCAAAAAGGCCACCAAAAAAGAAGUCUAAAAGUGAAAGUUUGACUGAUGGGCAACUACUAGCCGAUGCGGAUGAAUUUUCAGCUCUCCUAGAAGAAAAUGCUGGGACUAAAUUAGAUACGUUAACUGGACAAGCUUUCAAAAUCAAAGAUAAAUCUUCUGUCAAGCAAAUUGCGUGGGAAAUGGAAAGAGAUAGAUUUAUCAAAGGACAAAAAUGGCAGAAAAGGAAAAAAAGUUUCAAAAGAAAUAAGAAAUCUAGGAACUAAUGGUUAUUCGAUUUGUAAAUAUAUUUUAUAUGUGUUGUAAAAUCCGAUAAAGAACUUUGUUGAGUUUAAAUAAACGUUUUUAAUGAAA